CCCGCUGUCGAGCUUGAUGACUCGGUGCCCGCUGUCGUGCCAGAUGACUCGGUGCCCGCUGUCGUGCCAGAUGACUCGGUGCCGCUGUCUUGCCAGAUGACUCGGUGCCCGCUGACGUGCCUCUAUCCGCUGCCCAGCCUGACAUGCCUCUGUCCGCUGCCCAGCCUGACGUGCUCCCGUCCGCUGCCCAGCCUGACGUGCCCCCAUCCGCUGCCCAGCCUGACGUACCCCCGUCCGCUGCCCAGCCUGAUGUGCCCCUGCCCGCUGCCCAGCCUGACGUGCCUCCGCCCGCUGCCCAGCUAAACUGGCCAAUAACUGAUUCCCAGCCUGCUCCUGGAAAUCCUGUGUCCAGC